UUCCGCGUUAAAUUGGUUGUAACGGGCUAGAUUAACUAAAAAGGAUGCCCUUUCCUGCGAACAACAGUUGAGUUAGUGUACUUUGCCGGUCCUGGUGCCCCGUGUGCCGACGAUGUAAAGCGGCGUACGCGAGCCAGCAAGCACCGCACCGCCAUCCGCCCGGAUCGUUCUUCACGCUUCUCUCUCCUCUCUGUUGGAAACCGUGCGCCCGCCCGCACCUGAAACCGAGGACGGCUGCUUGCUGGUCUGUUUUCCGGGUGUGGAAUCAUGGAGAGCGACGGAUCCUGCACCCCACCACUACCCGCGGUCGACUUGAUGCCGACGGAGCUGACGAAAACGACGGGCUUCUUGGAAGAGCGGACGAAGGACGAGAAGCGAAGAAGCCCCGCGGAACGGCUAUCGACAAAAGCAGCAUCAAUCGAUUGUGGAUCGAAGCGGCAGGAAGAGCGGAAGAAGGCCAUCGGUGGCGGUGCCAGCCCUCAGCAACCGCCGGAGCGCCCGUCCAACGAGAAACAAAAGACGACGGAAGGCAGCAGCACCUCAUCGAAGAAGGCCGACGGGACAAAAACGGAUUCCAAAGAGCUGGACACCAGCGACAAGCGUCAAAGCAAGCCACGGCACAAGAAUCACAAGCGGAAAACGCGUAGCCGUUCCGGUUCCCGGCAUGCGCACUCCCCGGAGAAGAGCGAAACGAGCAAGGAACGAAAGCGAAAGGGGCGUGACGUGAGCGUGAGGGAGCAACGCCGGAGCCGAGAUCGAUCUGGCAGUCGGACAGAGAAAUCGCCUCGCAAUCAUCAGCAGCGUAACUACCGAAAACGAUCGCGAUCACGUAGCCGGAGUGUACGGAAGGAUGGUCGGCGUAGUCGUAGCGGAACACGUGAAUGGCCUCGUGGUGUCAACGAUUCGCAUGCAGCUCCACGGUCAUCGGCAUAUCAAAAUCGUCAACUACCAGCGGCUGGUAAUCACCGACCAGGGCUACCGUUUUCGCUGUCCAACAAUCGAAGGUUUCCCGAGGGUUCCACUGGACGAGGUGGCGCUAGGAAGGGUGAUCUUUCGGCACCAAGGUACACCAAGGCGACACCUUCGAUUAGCUGGCGCGAUUGGCAGCUGGUGGAGGGCAAACCGGUCACGGCGGCCUCCUCUCCUGCCAUCACGGUGAAUCCGAUAACACCUGCGGUCGCUGCACUACAGGAGUACGACGACGGUAGUGAUGCCGGAUCGUCCUCAUCCGAUGCGAGUGAAGAAGACACAAAGGCGGGACGAUCUAUGCGGGAGAAAGAGACGAAACAUCCCAAUCGAUGGCCGAAGAGUGUCGAAAAGAAGGAAGUCCAUGUGGAUCUCAAACCAACACGAAAGGCAUCAGCAUCAUCCGAUGAUCAAAUCGACGGCAGUAGCGUAAAACAGGAACGUGCUUUGGAAGUGAAAAAGGAGAAGAAAGAGGACACGGACCGAGAGAUCGUUCAAGUGCACAAGCUAGAGCUGAAGGAACCGGCGCCCCGAUCCACGACGAAACCGAAGUUUAGUUGCUCUUUUCUGGAUGAUCUGUCGAGUGGUAAGCUGCCGCUGAUGCCAGAAAUGUUAUCCCCUAGGGCUGCAGUCAAAGAAGAGGAUGAGGAAGAGCAAAACGAGACGAAGAAGAACGAUAAGGACAACUCCGAUAAGCACGUGUCACCAUCACCGAGACGGCCGCUAGAGGAUGAUGAAGAGGAAGAGGAAGAGAUUCGCAGAAGAGACAGUGAGUCACCGGAUACGGAUGAUUAUGCGGCCAACUGGGAAACGGAAGGUAUGAGUCCCCGUACAAGCCCACCAUCCGGGGAUGGUUCCGAGGCUGAUGGUCGAACACCACCACCACGGAUCCCCGAGCGAUCGAAGCAACCUGAGCAGCGUACACCAAGCCCGGUAGAGCAGAAGAAAGAAGAGAAACCGAACAAAGAGCAAGAGGAGGAAAAGGAGGAGGACAAAUCGAUAAAGGAAAAGGAUCCGGGGCUGACGAAUGGCGAGGACACUCAGCUAACCCAGCGACUGCUUAAACCACGGUCCAUUCACGAGGAUAUCAUUCCGCUGGACGAUCUGAUGGAUCUGCACAAUCAGCUCAAGUCCUAUCAAUCGAAUCUCGCCCAGGCGGAAGCCCUUAAGGCGGCCCGAUUGGCACAGUCCGAUGGAGGAACACCGACCAAGCGUGAGGCGAUGGCACCAGCGGUCCCAGUCACAAUCGCAGCCGCGGUGCCACCGGAAGAUGAUGAUGAUGAGGAGGAAGUGUCCGACGAUGGUAAGCUGGCCGAUGAGUACGCCAACUUUAUGGAAUCGCUUGGCCAAACGAUGGUCGAGGACAACAAAAGGCGCCGAAGGGCGCGUAGCUUGAGCAGCAGUUCGUCCGCUUCAUCGUCGAGUAGUAGCAGCAGCAGUAGCAGCAACAGCACUUCAUCCAGCAGCAGCUCCUCUUCGUCGUCCUCAUCAUCGAGUUCGUCAAGCUCCUCAUCCAGCUCGUCCUCCACAUCCGAUUCGCAGCAUAGCUCCGGUGGGGAAGAAGGAACAACCGCUGAUCGAAAGAGAACGGCAACAGCAAGUGUUUCGAAUGAGGAGCACGAAUCCACGGGUGUUCGUUCACGAUCACGCGAUCGUGAGGAUCCUGUUACACCGCCACGGAUGGGACAAGCGCCGGAUGGAGUACCGAUACCGCCACUAACAACACCAUCGAAGAUCUACAGCAUCCGAGAUGAUUCCAGCACAACCGAUGGCGCCAAACCGCUCGAUCUCGAUCGGGAGCUUCCGAUCAAGCUGCGGCUUCCGGCAAAGAACCGCAUCCAACCGUUGGCGAUGCUGGGCGGAGAUGACGAAGCACCGGAUGCUGCCGGUACGGAAGAAGUGGCACAGCGAGGAGAGGGAGAUACGGAGCAGAAAGAAACCGAUCGCCGAUCGAGCCGUGAACGGGAUCGCAAACGAUCGCACGAUCGGUACGAUCAUCGUCGCAAACGUUCAUCCCGUGAGCGUCGCCAUUCGUCCGGUAGCCCGCGGCGUAAGUCACGUGAUCGUGAAAAACGAUCAUCACGGAAGGAGCGUAGCUCACGCCGUUCAUCCCGGAGUCCCGUGCCAGCCGGUUCGGCGUCCUCCUCGAGACGAUCGCAACGCAGUCCACGCCACCGACAUCGACGCUCACUGUCUCGAUCCUCUCGCUCUCGGUCACGCUCACGAUCGCAGCAUCGCCAGAGUCGUCCACCAAGCCCCCGUGGUGCGAUCGAUCAUCGACGGCCACCGUUCAACUCACGUGGUGCUCCACCACGCCGACGCUAUUCGGUCGAUCGGGAAUGGUCCGGACGACGAUCGUCACGAUCACCGGUUGCGUACACAGGUCGACGACCACCAUCACCGAAAGAUGCACCACCAUCGAUGGGACGUGGUGGUGAGAAUCAGAUCGACAUCAUCACCAGCACCGGUGCCUCACCGAACGUCGUUCACUCGCCGGUUACGGGCUACAAGAAAAGUUUGGCCGAUUCAACGAUCAGCGAUGCGGAACUGGAGAGCCAGAAGCGAAGUAAGCAUCACCACCAUCAUCAUCAUCAUACGGCGAUCGAUCCGGCCACGGGUAUGCCGCCGUACGGAGCGAUGUACUCCAAGCACUAUGGCGCUGGCGCUGGUGGUGGUGGUGCGUACUAUGGCGGAGCGGAUCAUCAUUUGCUGCACCAUGAUCAUCAUCACGCUGCUGAUCGUGGCAGCGCCGGUGGUCAGGAAGGUACGGGUGAAGGAUCAUCACCGAAACGGAUCUCGCUGGAUGAUCGCAUUAACAUCGUGCUCGGUAUUAACGGAACGAUCGACGGGAAAGGAGGUCCACCGGGCAGUAAGGGAGCGCUCCAUCCUCACGGUCCUCCACCACAGCACGUACACCACCAUCAUCAUCAUCAUCCACCACCAGCAGCGUAUGGUGGCAGUGGUGCUACCGAUUAUCCUCCUGGAGGAUCGCAGCCCCAUGACAUGUACCAACCGCGGCAUCAUCCACCACCCGGCACAGCACCACACUAUCCGAUGGGCUACGGUGGUGCUGGAGCGGCGAGCGAGUACAGUGGUGCCGGUUACGGUGGUUACGGAGGUCCACGUGGACCACCACCACCAGGCGUACCGUCCGGUGUUCCCGGGUCCUCCUACUACAGCACUGCCAGUCGUGGACCACCACCAUCGUGGGCCCCACGUAGCCACCCGUACCAGGGUUAUCCGAUGGCGUUCGUUGGACCACCGGCCGGUUUCUAUUCGAUGCGACCACCCGUUAGUGCUGGCUAUCGGCCACCGUUAACCGGUGUGGUACCGGUUCCGGCCACCGAUGGAAGCAAAUCUCAGGUCAAACAGGUCGGCAACGUACUGGAGAUCGUUCCCUCGAACACACUGCCCACGGCGCAGACGCCGGGAGGGGAGAAGACUGGUGAAACCACCGAGCCAGCCGGUUCCGCAGCAGAUGAUCCAUCAGCCGGAGCAGCUGCAUCAACGCAGGCCGAAGAAUCGUCAACUGCCGUGGCGAGUACGGCGACGACAUCCGCGUCAUCAUCCGCGCUCGUUACACCGAAGAUCCACACGGCGGAAGAGCUGCAGCAGCGCCACGAACGACGGCUCGAGCUGAAGAAAAAGAUCCGAGCGGAGCGUGAAAGGAAGCGACAGGAGAAGCAACAACGGAAGGAACGAUUGCAGCUCGAAAUCAAGCAACUGCUUGGCCCCAAAGCACCGGGUGGUGCAGCUGCUGGUGGAGCAACCGGGCUAGAAUCGUCGCUGUCCGAGGGUGGAAGCAUCCGCGAUGCGAUCGGUGGCAGUGCGUCCUCGGACGAGGAGUUCGAGAUGGUGGCACUGACCGAUCUGCUCGCUUCGCUGAACCGUUCGUACGAUAAAGGAAUUCUCAAAACGGCCAAACCAGCCGCCGCUGUUGGUGCAAGUGGUACGGCGACGGUGAAGAAAAAGUCCGUUCUGUUUGCUGACGGUGUUGCGCCCGGGGACGACGAAUCUUCUUCAUCGUCCGGUGAGGAGACGAAGGAGAAAUCCCCAUCGAAAGCGGUGGCCGCCAAGCAGCGCAAGAAGAUGCGCCGUCAGCGAACGCUGCGGCUGUCUGGCAAGAAGCGUCUUAUCGAUCGUCUCAAGCUACCGGACCAGGAGGAGGAAAAGGAAGAGAUUGAUCCGGAACUGGAGAGUAUGCCGGCACCGCCACCACCGCCCGGUUCGCCACCACCGGAGCUGCAGCAACCACGCUGCUUCAAUCCACCGAUCGUACGGAUGAUCGAUUUCCGGGAAGGUUUCCACGGUGUACCGAUGAUUCCACUGCCCGUGCCACCUGUCGUCGGUGGUCCAACGGUAGUGAAUGGUGUUGGCGGUGGUCCACCGCCCGUUAUGUUGCCACUACCCGUACCGAUGCCAGUGCCGGUACCAGUGGGGCUACCUCCUUCCUCCAUCUAUCAUCGCACUAACUCGCUCGUGCAUCAUCCUCCACCAUCGCACCACCAUCUGCUGCCUUCCCAUAUGAUGGGACCCCAGCCACCUGCGGGUGCUCCGCCGCACCUGUAUGCGCAUCAUGCGCAUCAUCCGGUGGCAUCUGCUCACCACGGGAGCGCUCUGGUCAACAUAACACCGCAACACCAUGGCGUGUAUCCACCGCAACCGAUACCACCACCGAGCUCCAACAGCAUAGCGAACGCUUCGUCUGUCCUCAUCACGCUCAGUGGUAAAAAGCGAUCAUCGAUUGUCACAGGUGGCAGUGGUGGCAAUGGUGGCAGUAGCACCAACGCCAAUACCAACGGUGUUGCCAAUCCGAUCGAAGCAAUCGGCUCAGCAUCAGCGACAGUCGCAGCAAGCGCCUCCGUGAUGCCACAGGCGACAGCAGCAGCAACAGCAGCAGCAGUGGCAGUAGUUGCCAGUGGCAACAGCAGUAGCAACUACGACGUCUCUGUGCCAUCUGCGAUUUAAAGCGAUCUGCGGCCCGGAUGCAAACUGCCUUAGCGCCUGCCCAACAUCAUCCCAAUCCCAUAGUAAAACCACCACAAUAACGUAAUUGGAAGCCAACGAACAAAACGCGAUUGGAAUCGCGGGAGAGAGAGAGGACCCUCCCGCAGAGAUCAGAGAACGGGGUGUCCUAUGCAUUUAGGAUAAGAAAAGGAUAUGAAACUGGCGGGGAGUUAGGAACAAACUACUCGUUCUCGUUUUCGUUGUUAGGGAAAAAAUGUGUAAGUGUUAGGAAGAAGGCUUUAGGUACGCGGCCUGUGACCACCUCCCCCCGCCCACCCAUCAUUCGCCAUGUGUUCGAAAGAAAAGCUCUUUAUCUACCUAGGUAUUAUGUUUCCUACUGUCUUUACACCUUUUUCUUUCUCCGGAACAGGCCGCUGCCUUGUGUAGCGGUAGCGUUGACUGAACUCUGUAAAAAGUAAAGUAAUCUAAAUCAACCCAUGGGUGAAGAGUUAAGCGGUCGCUCGCGGAUUGGCGUCGGUUGCACAGCCGACCUACGAUGGAAGCCAGUAUAUGCUUAGGAACAGGGCAGAGAGGGCACUGAGUCAAUAAGAGGGUUAAACAAAAUCCUGUAGCUCUAGAUAGUCGUACGUUUUGCGUUCUACGGCCCGCCGCAGAGCUAGCAGCCGCUCACGUUAGGCACCUCUUCUUAAAUCGCUAAAUUACCACCAUCAACGGUACGUGUGCGAGACGGAGAGACCGAUAAUGUAGUGCAACGAUGAAGAUAAGUAAAA